AUGUCGCCUGGUGGCGAAAAGAGCAACCUCAAGCGGCCCCGAGGCUCGCUGCCGGACGAUUCGGCCGAGAGCAAGAAGCCUCGCCGUUCCGACCGCCUCUCUGAUGACACCCGCGACGCGCCCAACGGCAAGCCCCACGACAAGACGCCCGUCUCCCGCGACAACCACCUGCCGUCCCCCCUCACUAACGAUGCGACGUACGGCUCGACGAGCGAUGUCAAGGAGGUCACCCCCACGCCUGUUGGCGCCAAGACGGUCGAGGAGACGACUCCGCGCAAGUCGGACGACAACUACUCGCAGCUGCAGGGCCUCUCGUCGCCUCCCCAGGACACGCAGCCCGUCAGCCAGCUCGUCGACAGGCAGCUCGAGUUCGCCGAGGACGCCCAAGAUGAGCACGAAGAGGGCGUCUGGGGCUUCCUCGUUCCGCUAGACGCAAAGUAUGGCGAUAAGCCCAAGGUUCUCAAGAAGCGAUGCGCCUGCCCACCCAACGACUCGAUUAAAACGGCCGCUGAUGCCGAGACGAACGAUAACAUUGGCGGUAUUGCGUCUCGUGGAUACCUCAUCGGUCGUCAUCCUGAAUGCGAUAUUGUCGUGAGCGAGGGCGUCGUUUCGAACCGACACUGCCUAAUCUUUACAGAGAACAACGGCAAUGACACGGUUGCAAUCAUUGAAGAUCUAUCCAGCAACGGUACAUUUGUCAACGAAGCGAUUGUUGGCCGUAACCAACGGCGUGAACUCGAAGAUGGCGAUGAAAUUGCCGUCCACGGUCGCGCCAGAUUCGUCUUCAAAUACCCAAAGAGCCGUCAUACCAGCGCAUUCCUGCAACAAUACACGCUACUCCACAAGCUCGGAAAGGGUCAUUUUGCCGAGGUCUACCUGUGCAUAGAAAAGUCCACCGGCAAGCGCUUUGCUGUCAAGAUUUUCACCAAGACGCCCGGCGUCGAGGAAAAGUCAAAGACCGAGGGUCUGCAACAAGAAAUCGGCAUGCUCAUGGCCGUCAGCCACCCCAACGUGCUGUGUCUCAAGGACACAUUUAGCGAACGUGACCGCGUCUAUCUCGUUCUUGAACUCGCUCCCGAGGGUGAGCUUUUCAACCAUAUCGUUGCCAAGUCCAAGCUCAGUGAGGACGAAGCCAGAAAGCUGUUUAAGCAACUGUUCCAUGGCAUCAAGUACCUUCACGAGCGCAACAUUGUGCAUCGUGAUAUCAAACCCGAAAACAUCCUUUUGGUUGAUAAAGAACUUCAUGUGAAGUUGGCAGAUUUCGGCCUUGCCAAGAUUAUUGGCGAGGAGUCCUUCACCACAACGCUCUGCGGCACUCCCAGCUACGUCGCGCCUGAAAUUCUUGCUGAUUCUAAGCAGCGCAAGUACACAAAGGCUGUCGACAUCUGGUCAUUAGGUGUUGUGCUCUACAUUUGCCUGUGCGGCUUUCCCCCAUUCUCUGACGAGCUUUACUCUCGCGACUUUCCCUACACCCUCUCCCAGCAGAUUAGGAGCGGUCGCUUCGACUACCCAUCGCCAUACUGGGACUCCGUCGGCGACCCAGCCUUGGACCUCAUUGAUUCCAUGCUGAUUGUCGACCCUGAGAAGAGAUUCACGGUCGACCAGUGCCUUGCCCACCCAUGGCUUACACAGCAGCCGAUGAGCGUUAAUGAUAGCACCGGCGGCCUUGUCGGCGGCAUUGCUGGUCUCGAGGUCAACCGCAGAACCGCUAAGCGCGAGCGCACCUUGCUGUGUCACUACAAUCAGGUCUUUGUCAAUCCCAAGGAUCGCGUUAUCAACGUCCCUCGCGAGCAAGCACCGUCGGAGCAGCGAGCUCCCGCGGAAUUUAUGGAGAUGGGUGGCAAGGGAGACCAAGUCCUUUACCCGGACAAUGCUAAGGGCAAGGGUAAAUAA